AAAAAAUUUUUAACUUAUAUGAGCGAAGAUUUGACAGAGAAAUAGAAGGAAUAAACUCCUUAUGAUUACUACGUUAUAGCACUUUUGCUACUGGUAUUCUUGAUCUAUAAGAUCUAUAAUUACUGUUUCAAAUGUUAACCAUCGAAUAACUAACCAAAAGAAAAUGAAGGUAUUCAAUUAAAGUUGUUACAGGAUCAAAAAGAGAGAAGUAUUAAAAGAUUUAAUAAGAAGAGGAAUAGGAGCUUUCAAGUCAAUCACAUCAGGGCAGAGCAUAAAUGGAUCAAAAUGAGUCGAUUAAGUCAAAAAUUGUUAAAUAACUUGAAGAUCUGAAAAAAAAAGUAUAAAAUUAGCAUAAACCUUCCUAUAAUGUCUUAAAAAAUUAAACACCAUCAUAAAAUUUUAAACAGAGUAUAAUUCAAAUUAAAUAAAUAAUUAAUAAGACUUCCAAAGAAAGAGAAUUAGCAGAAGAAUAUAAAUAUUAUAUCAGAAGAUAUAAAGACAAAUCAGAAUUGAAAAAAAAUUAUGGCCUAACUUUAAAAGCAAGUUUCGAAUUAUAUAAAUAUUGUAAUGCAUUUAGGGAAGUUAGAGGGGAUGGUAAUUGUUUUUACACUGCUUUUGGAUUUUAAUUCUUAUCUAUUUUACUAUUUGAUUAUUCCUUAGACUAAUUUAAUGAAUUUUUUAAUAGAAUUAAACAAAUUGAAUUACCAAUGAAAAUAUUUGUUGCUGGUACAGAUUUGAAAAUUGAUGAUAAAGAAUAAGAAAAAUAACUAUUAGAUGAAUUUUAACGUAGAAUGAUUAAACUUAAAUCAAUAGAAGAUAUAAAUUAAAGAGAAGAAUAAUUUCAUAAUGAAUUUGCUGCCUAUGAAUAAUAAUCAGACGAGAUUGAUGGGUGUUUAUAUGGACUAUCAACCUUAUUUUUUAGAAAUUAUUCUAAUUACAUUAUCGAUUUUAGUGAUGCCAAAGGUGCAGUUAAUGAUAGAGAAAAAUUAUUAAAUUGGGAAGAAGAAUGUAAUAGUAAUGAAGUUGUUAUUGCAGAAUUGGCUAAGCGAUUAAAUAUGUAAAUAUUUAUUAUCUAUUACAAGUCUUGUUUAGUUAAUAUUUAUAGAAAAUAAAGAAAAUAUAGUAGUGAGGGAGUAUGGAAACAAUAAAGAACAUAAAAUUAUAUUAUUAAUUAAGCCUGGACAUUAUAAUAUUGGAUAUUAUCAAGAAGCUACCAUCAUUGAUUAAUAUAUAUAAUCCUUAACUUAACUAAAUGGGAUAACUUGGGAAAAUGAAGAGUCUGAUAAAAAUCAGUAGAAUAUUGCAUAACAAAUAGAAUAAUUAUAUAAUUAAAUUAUUAUUUUGAUAAAAAAUAAUACAUUGAAGGAAAAAGAUGCUUUCAAAAUAUUAGGAUUUUAAAUUUUACCGCUAAAAUGA